AUGUCAGUAGCUUUGGAGAAACCACUGAUUCUCCCCAACGACAAGGCGGACGCCGAAAAAUGGAAUCGGGACCUGAUGGAAGCCUUCCGGUCUGCUUUGGAGAAGGACCCCGCAACCGACCUUCUAUCAGUCGCCGGGAAGCGAUACCUUGCUGCGCAUCGAAUCGCCCAGUCUGCGGGUCUGUCUGAGGCAGGACAGCUUAAUCUCGACACCGUCUACGGUCUUCAAGAUAAGAUCUUGUCCCAACCCGAAAUCAACCUGCGAGAACAUAUCCCAUCCGACUAUGAUCGCCGAUAUAAAUGGGCCAAGCCAAAGAAAAACGACAAGGCUGCGGAGAAGGAGGCAGUUCCCCCGCCCAAGCGCUCAGAGCCGGAAGACUGGGUUCGUUGGAAGCUGGAGCCCAUCAACACCGCUUCAGUCACCUACCCUCUCUCUGCUCAGGCCUCCGCGCUUUUCGGGCAGAGUUCUUUUGCGGACGGAGCAUCCCUUGCACAAUCACUGAAAGACCUGAUUUUGAAGUCCGAACGACUAUUCGAACUCAGCAUCAGGACAGGUCUCGUCGUUAGGUGCAGUGAAGAGCUCGCGAUCAAGACAUUUCCCAAAAUUAGAGGUUUUACUGAAUACCACAACCUUCAAUAUCUGGCUGAGCACGCCCCCAACCUUCCUGUCCCUAAACCCCAUGGCUUGAUUAUGCUCGGCAAUAUUGGUGCUAUGUUCAUGUCCUAUGUCCCGGGCGUUGCUCUCGACAAGGCAUGGCCAAAAUUAUCCCAUGAAGCGAAGAUAUCCAUACAGAAACAGCUAGACGACGUCUUCUCUCGUCUCCGAAGCCUACGUCAAGACGACGGACCGGAACUUGGAGGCGUUCGCGGGGAAGGAGUAAAAGACUAUCGGAUUACGGAAAUUUUCGCAUACAAGGGCAUAAAGACCGCCAGAGGAUUUGACGAACUACAAUUCUCUGCGAAGCACCGGGCUAGCCCCUCUUAUGUGAAGUUGCUUCGAUCUUUCCUGGAAGAGGAGAAUCGGACUUUGCGAGGGUCUGUAUUUACCCACGGCGACUUGAAGAAAUCGAACAUUAUGGUGCAGCAGGAACCCGAAAACGCUGAUACGUACGUGGUAACCGGAAUCAUUGACUGGGAAGACAGUGGCUUCUAUCCCGAGUACUACGAGUGCACUACCUUGUCGAACGGACAAAGUAUCAUGUCAGACGAUGAUUGGUAUCUCUACGCACCGCACUGCAUAUCGCCUCUACGGUUCCCUGUCCGUUGGCUAGUUGACCGGCUCUGGGGUAAUCUUUUAUGGAGUUGGAGGACGGAUAUAGUCCGAUGA